UACACUUCAUUUCCUUCCAUUAUACUCCGUACACCAACACGCCUCCACUAUAUACUGAUGCCUCACCCCUCAGGCAACAAAGGCACCCCCACCAAGCAACCUUCCAACCCGGUAACUUUUUUUCCAACACCCCUCACUGCACUCACCACAUCAACCAUACCAUCAUAUCAACCAAACCUCAGCGUCACAAUCGCAACCACCAAUCCAAUUCACAAAAUCAAACAAACAACACACCGGCUCAAUUCAACCCAACCCAACCGCCCAAAAUGUCCCAAGAACCCUACACCCCACCCCCACUACCAAAACCAUUCACAAAUACGACCCCACAACCAACGCUCCUCACACAAGGCGCCGAAGCCCACCUCUACAAAACAAUCCACCUCAACACCAACACGCCCGCGGCACUGAAAAUCCGGCCCUCGAAACCCUACCGCCACCCCAUUCUCGACCGCCGAUUGACCCGCCAGCGCAUCCUCCAGGAAGCGCGGUGUUUGGUGAAGCUCGUUCGGGAGGGGGUUAAUGUCCCUGCUGUGUUGGCAUUGGAUUGGGAAGGACAGGGUGGGGAGAAUGGGAAUGGGGGCGCGUGGUUGCUUAUGGAAUGGAUUGAGGGAUUGGUUGUGAGGGUUGUUUUUGAGAGAUGGGAGGCGUUUAUGAAAGCUUUUGGGGGUUCAUUGAGUGAGGAGGAGUUGCGGAAGGAGGAGGAGAAGGUUAGGGGUUUAAUGAGAGGGAUUGGGAGUGUGGUUGGUGGGUUGCAUAAGGCUGGGGUUAUUCAUGGGGAUUUGACGACGAGUAAUUUGAUUCUUAGGACGGGAGAUGUCGAUACUGGGGCUGGGGAGAGUCCGGCCAUGCAAGGGGAUGUUGUUUUGAUUGAUUUUGGCUUGGCAGGGCAGAGUUCUUCGGAGGAGGAUCGCGCGGUCGAUUUGUAUGUUCUUGAGAGGGCAUUUGGCAGUACGCAUCCUCAGGCUGAGAAGUUCUUUGAGGAAGUGCUUGAUGGGUAUAAGGAUAGUUAUAAGGGGGCUGCGAUUACGUUGAAGAGGUUGCAGGAUGUUAGGAUGAGAGGGCGCAAGAGGAGCAUGAUUGGGUGAAUUUUAUUUACUUUCGUCUCUGAGUUUAUGUGCUAUGGGAUUAUGGGUUAUGGGUUGGAGUUGGCAUUACGAUCCAGAAGUUUUGCGGGAGGAAUCAUGCUUUCAUUCAUCGUCAA